GGCGGGGACUCGGGAGGGGCCGAGCACCGCGGCUGGUGCCGUAGCGGGAGGGAGGAGGCGGCGCGUCCCCCGAGGCGUGCUCCCCAGCCGACCGAUCGACAGACGGACGAACGCGCGCCGAGGAAGAGGGCUGCUGCGAGAAAUCUGCCGGCGUUGUGGGACCGCCUCGGGGCACCGAAACGCCGGCCGCUCCGUGCUCCGCUGCGUGUGUGCGGGCGGGUCUGGGGCAGGCGGCAGCUCCGUGACCUGCCAUCAUGGAUGGAGACGGACUUCGGGAUGGAGAAGCCCACACGGUCCGUGCCAGCCCCGGCGAUUUGGCUGUCAGAGGUUUUGGCGAGACCUGCCCGGUUCCCUUUGGGGAAUCCGAGUGAGCGAGCGAGCGUGCAGACUCCUUCACCGGGAAGCCAAGGACAUUUCUGUAUAAUCAGUGGAUGAAAGGAUUUCCUCAGACUCGUUUCCCUUUUCCGUGAGGAUUAAUCCACCGCGAUCUACAGUUCCAGUGGAAACCGCAAGACACACGAUGUGGCAGGAGCCUGGAGCGCCGGCAGGGUUGUUCUGGACCCUUCCUUUGCACGGGGGAGUUUAGCACGGCCCCCCUCCCCGACCUCCCGCACUGCUUCCUGCGGGUCCCUCCUCAGCAGCCUGGUCUUAUUUUCCGAGUUGAGUUCUGUUUCCAAAACUGUGCCCCGGAGCUCCAAGUGGAUUGCCAGAAAUGAGAGGUUGAGUCCUGGGAGAGGAGAAAGCGCCCCCGCGUUGCGUCUUUGCUCCGCUGCCGACAUGAAGUGCUUUCUCCGGCUGCUGAGCUGUCUGGCGGCGCUGGGAGCAGUGGCAGCUCAGCGUCUCGUCGCCGUGCAGGAGGGGCCCUUGUACCGCACGGAGGGCUCCCACGUCACCAUCUGGUGCAACGUGAGUGGCUUCCAGGGGCCUUCCGAGCAGAACUUCCAGUGGUCCAUCUACCUGCCCUCGGCCCCCGAGCGCGAGGUCCAGAUCGUCAGCACGGUGGACUCCUCUUUCCCCUACGCCAUCUACACCCAGCGUGUGCGCAGCGGGAAGAUCUACGUGGAGCGGGUGCAGGGGGACUCGGUCUUGCUGCACAUCACCGACCUCCAGGCCCGGGACGCGGGGGAGUACGAGUGCUACACGCCCAACACCGACGAGCAGUACUUCGGGAGUUACAGCGCCAAGAUGAGCCUCGUGGUGAUCCCGGACUCCCUGCAGGCCGCUGCCAUACCCCAGACCCUGCACAAGGUGGAGCAGGACCCUCUGGAGCUCACGUGCGAGGCGGCCACCGAGACGUUCCAGCACAGCCACCUGUCUGUGGCCUGGCUCCGGCAGCGAGGCAGCGAGAAGCCCGUGGAGGUCAUUGGCCUGAGCCGGGACUUCACGCUUCACUCCAGCAGCGAGUAUGCCCAGCGGCAGAGCCUGGGGGAGGUGCGGCUGGACAAGCUGGGGAGCAGCACCUUCCGCCUCACCGUCUUCCACCUGCAGCCUUCCGACCAGGGCGAGUUCUACUGCGAGGCCGCCGAGUGGAUCCAGGAUCCCGACGGCUCGUGGUACGCCAUGACGCGCAAGCGUUCCGAGGGAACCGUGGUCACUGUGCAGCCCACAGACAAGGAGUUCACCGUGCGGCUGGAGACGGAGAAGCGCCUGUACACCAUGGGGGAGCCGGUGGAGUUCAGGUGCAUCCUGGAGGCCCAGAGCAUCCCCGACCGCUACUUCGCCGUCUCCUGGGCCUUCAAUAGCUCGCUCAUCGCCAGCAUGGGGCCCAACGCCGUGCCCGUCCUCAACAGCGAGUUCGCCCACCGGGAGGCCCGGGGGCAGCUGAAAGUGGCCAAGGAGAGCGACAGUGUCUUUGUGCUGAAGAUCUACCACCUCCGCCAGGAGGACAGCGGGAAGUACAACUGCCGGGUGACGGAGAGGGAGAAAACGGUCACCGGGGAAUUCAUCGACAAGGAGAGCAAGCGUCCCAAGAACAUCCCCAUCAUAGUGCUCCCCAUCACAGAUGACUGGGUAGUUAAAGUCCCCCAGAACCACCAGAUCCUGCCCCAAGGCCACUUGGAGAGCAGCAUCUCCGUGGAGGUGGCCAGCAACGCCAGUGUCGUCCUCGAGGGUGAGAACCUGCGCUUCUCCUGCAGCAUCCGCACGGCGGGUAGGCCUCAGGGCCGCUUCUCUGUCAUCUGGCAGCUGGUGGACAGGCUGAACCGGCGCAGCAACAUCAUGUGGCUGGACCGGGACGGCACCAUGCAGCCGGGCGCCUCCUACUGGGAGCGCAGCAGCUACGGGGGUGUCCAGAUGGAGCAGGUGCAGCCCAGCUCCUUCAGCCUGGGAAUUUUCAACAGCAGGAAGGAGGACGAGGGCCAGUACGAGUGCCACGUGACCGAGUGGGUGCGGGCCGUGGAUGGCGAGUGGCAGGUCGUGGGGGAGCGGCGGGCCAGCACCCCCAUCUCCAUCACGGCUCUCGAAACGGGCUUCGCGGUCACAGCCAUCUCCCGCACGCCAGGGGUGACCUACAGCGACUCCUUCGACCUUCAGUGCAUCAUCAAACCCCAUUACCCAGCCCGGGUCCCCGUGUCGGUGACCUGGCGGUUCCAGCCGGUGGGCACCAUCGAGUUCCACGACCUGGUGACCUUCACCCGGGACGGAGGGGUCCAGUGGGGGGACAGGUCCUCCAGCUUCCGGACCCGAACGGCCAUCGAGAAGGCCGAGUCCAGCAACAAUGUCCGCCUGAGCAUCAGCCGAGCCAGUGACACGGAGGCGGGCAAGUACCAGUGUGUGGCAGAGCUGUGGCGACAGAACUAUAACAGCUCCUGGACGCGGCUGGCCGAGAGGACCUCCAACCUGCUGGAGAUCAGGGUGCUGCAGCCAGUGACAAAGCUGCAGGUGAGCAAGUCCAAGAGGACCCUCACGCUGGUGGAGAACAGGCCCAUCCAGCUGAACUGCUCCGUGAAGUCACAGACCAGCCAGAACUCCCACUUCGCGGUGCUCUGGUACGUGCACAAGCCCUCGGACGCCGACGGCAAGCUCAUCCUCAAAACCACGCACAACUCCGCCUUCGAGUACGGCACCUACGCCGAGGAGGAGGGCCUGAGAGCCAGGCUCCAGUUCGAGAGGCACGCGACCGGCGGCCUGUUCAGCCUCACCGUCCAGAGAGCCGAGGUCAGCGACAGUGGCAGCUACUACUGCCACGUGGAGGAGUGGCUGCUGAGCCCCAACUAUGCUUGGUACAAGCUGGCAGAGGAGGUUUCGGGGCGCACAGAGGUGACAGUGAAGCAGCCAGACAGCCGCCUGAAGCUCAGCCAAGCGCAGGGGAACCUGUCGGUUCUGGAGACGCGGCAGGUGCAGCUGGAGUGUGUGGUCCUGAACCGCACCAGCGCGGCCUCCCAGCUGGCGGUGGAGUGGUUCGUGUGGAAGCCCAACCACCCGGAGCGGGAGGCCGUGGCCCGCCUGAGCCGCGACGCCACCUUCCACUACGGAGAGCAGGCGGCCAAGAACAACCUGAAGGGGCGCCUGCACUUGGAGAGCCCUUCGCCCGGCGUGUACCGGCUCUCCAUUCAGAACGUGGCGGUGCAGGACAGCGGUGCCUACAGCUGCCACGUGGAGGAGUGGCUGCCCAGCCCCAGUGGCGUGUGGUACAAGCGGGCAGAGGACACCGCUGGGCAGACAGCCGUGGCGGUCACACGCCCAGAGGCCGCCCUGCAGGUGGACACGCUGGUCCCCAACGCCACGGUGUCUGAGAAGGCCGCGUUCCAGCUGGACUGCAGCGUCGUGUCUCGCUCGAGCCAGGACUCCCGCUUUGCUGUGAGCUGGUACUCCCUGAGGACUAAAGCUGGGGAGAAAGGGGGCAGCCCUGGCCUGGAGGAACAGGAGGAUGAGGAGGAGGAGGAGGAGGAAGAGGACCCAGCAGAGCGGAUGGUCCUGCUGAGCGUGGGCCCAGACGCUGUGUUUGGCCCAGAGGGCAGCCCCUGGGAGGGCCGGCUUCGCUUCCAGAGGCUGUCCGCCCUGCUCUUCAGGCUCACGGUGCUGCAGGCGAGCACCCGAGACACGGGCAACUACUCCUGCCGCGUGGAGGAGUGGCUGCCCAGCCCGCAGAAGGAGUGGUACCGGCUGACGGAGGGGGAGUCGGCCCCCAUCAGCGUCCAGGUGCUGGACACAGGUUCCUCCCUGCAGUCCGCCAUCUGCUCCAACGACGCGCUCUUCUACUUCGUCUUCUUCUACCCGUUCCCCAUCUUUGGCAUCCUCAUCAUCACCAUCCUGCUGGUGCGCUUCAAGAGCCGGAGCUCCAGCAAGAACUCGGACGGGAAGAAUGGGGUGCCGCUGCUGUGGAUCAAAGAGCCGCACCUUAACUACUCCCCCACUUGCCUGGAGCCCCCUGUCCUCAGCAUCCACCCAGGAGCCAUAGACUGAGGCCGCCAGGGGACGCCUGCUGCCAGGAGCAGAGGUGCUCCCGCGCAGCCUCUCGUGCUGUGAUGGGACGGCGGACAGCCCCGACCUCCAACCUCUGACCUCCGGCGUGCCCUCCCAGACCGCUCAGACUUGAGUCGAGUUCAGAGUCCCCCAUCAGUCGCAGAGGCAGACUGCCGCCUCCAGGGGGCAGUCCUGAUGGGCUAGCGGUGUCCAAGCAGGUGUCCUCGCCCUGCGGAGUUAGCUCUUGUUUUUGUCCUGGGUAACGUAGUGAGUAGCUCCAGGUGCCGCGCCUGCUCACCGGGAGUGACGGGCAGUCACGGGGUUCCCAUUCUCUGUGAGGGACUCUCUUUAAAUCCCUGUGGUUUACCUUUUUUGGAUUCUGUAAUGUCGUGGACGUAUUUCUCUUACGUGCAACGGAUGAGAAAAGGAAGGUCGGACUUCCUCGCGCCAAGGAGUCUCUCCCAAGACCUUUUGUUGCUGCACAGUUGAAAACGCCACCCAUGCAGCAAAAUACGUCCAAACCUUUUUUACUUUCUUAAUGAGACUUGAAAAUUACGUGAAACGUGGGCCCAAUUUGUAUCUUAUCUUUUCCCUCAGCUGGAGUUGUUGGAACCACUUUGUAGUCAAGAUGAAAGCCUUGAAUUUUUUUUUCUUCAGAGAACUUUGUAUGUACGAGAGAAAUCCUGCAUAAGCCCGUUAGGAGUAGAUGGUGCCUGGCCAGCCUGUCUGCCAGGGAGGCAAAAAUAGGAUUCCUCCCAACCUUGCCAAAAAAUAAGAAAACUUUUUUGGAGAACAAGUCAAAGGCUCCAGACAGCUCACGCUUUGCGAAGCGGGCGGAGGGCGCCUUCUCGCAGCAGCUCCUGACCUGCAGAUGGGUCCGAGCCAGUGGUGAGCGGAGGAAGGCGGGAAGGCUCGUCGUCGGCUUGAUCUGUCCCGUGGGGACGGUCUCUCACUGGCAACUGACCAGGUGGGCUUCUGGUGUAAGGUGCUUUGCCAAACGCUUAAGGGAAGGUGGCCAGUGAGCCUGGGGAGGGGGCAGCACCGAGCUGAACACAUGGGCCCAGGCAGCCGUCACACACGCUGAUGUGUGCUCCAGGGGCUGUGGCAGCUGAGCUGCCUGAGGAGUGGACAGUCAGCGGCCGGAGGGGCUUUGCACAGCCUCGCAUUGGAGAGCAGGCUGCAGCAACGGCCCCGGGAGCUGUGAAGACCCGGUUAUUCUUCUUCCUUUUGAUUAGAUUUUCCUCAAAGAGAUGGAUGUCUUCCCUCAGCAUUUACCUCGCCCAGCUUCUCACUGCUGUACCAGCACCCAGGGGGGUCGCCACGCAGCCCUCGAAAACCCUCUGCCUCCCCAGUCUCAGCAGGAAGCAACACACAUCUGCGUAGGUUUUUCCCCCUUCCCAUUCUCAGACCUCGUCUGCAGUUUUAGGCGAUUGAGUAGUUCAUUCUUAUGGCGGCUUUUUAUUCAAAUGCCCCUUAAGGUGCAUUUGGUGCAAGGUGCCAGGAAGGUGCAAGGAAGGCCAGCGUCGCCCUGUUACUUCACACGCCGGGGCCAGAAGCUCAGCUCCCCGAAAGCGGCUUUGGCUCUAGUGUUCGCUCCCUCCACAAAGACAAUUUUUUUUGCCCUGCUUUUCCCACAUUUUGCCGGCCAGAAUGCCAUCUCCCUUUCUCUGUGAGCUCUUAUCUCGAAUUCCGGAGGAGUUUCCCAGUUUAGAAGAAACCGGCAGGGAUCUGGGCACCGAGCAUAAUCAGAGAGGUCGCUGCGAAACCCUGUUCUGAGACAGAGCAGACGCCGGGGAGGCGGUGGACUCCCUGGGCUGUGUGGGUGCUGAUCCUGACCGGGGCCUGUGGGUGCAGGUGCUGUGGGUGCGCGGCAGAGGCCUCGCUGCUGCGCACCCGAAGGGAAGCAAGGUGGGUGCUCAGCCCACCUGCCUGCCUUUCCUGGCAGUUACACCAGGGCUCUGCUUGGGAGUGUCGGCACCACCCCCUUAGUCCUGGCACCUCCCUUGCUCAUUGUCAUGUGCUGUGCUGCGUGAGUGCGGCAGAGGUGCAGAUUCGCCUCCCUGGCCGUGGAAGGAGCGGUCUUUUGCCCUGUUUGCUCACGUCAGGGGUGUGGGCUUCCAGUGGGAAAUUGCUGACCGCUGACUUACAGACCAAGUCAGUGAGGGCAGGAGACUUGUUGUUCUGUCUGAGUGGAAAGAUGCCAGAGGGCUGUCUGGGACCGGGGCGUGCACCUGAGACUCGGUUUGAAUUCGCUCAAAGCUGCAGAGAGGUGACUGCUCCACGUAAUUAAAUAGGUUGAAGCAGUUGCAGGAAAUUUGAAAGAAACCGAAGACAGUAUUUUAAUAGUUUUUUUUUUCUGAGUAUUUUCUACGGGGUUGGGGGAUACCCUCAAAGGGCGAGCUUUUCCAGCUUUCUACGAAAAGCCCCAGGACCUUCCUUCUUGGGCCAUUUCUAUGGAAGUGGGGUGUCAGAUGAAUGGUAAUGGCGCCCUCCAGUGGCAGGGAGACUUCCCUGCACAUUCCCGGCGGGAGCUGUGAGUCCAGGAGAGAGACUGCCACCUACUCUCUCUGCUCGUCCUCCAUCUGUGAAGUCGCAUUAAUGACACCUACACUGUGCCAGGCCCAUCCCAGGACACGGAUAUGACCACACCGUCUUUCACCAGGGUGUUACAGUAGCAAGUUUUCAUAUUCUUGUCAAACAAUGGUUUCUCUGCGUUAAUUGUUGAAGAAAAAGGGGUGGGCUAAGAAAACUACCCAUGCAUGAUGUAGAGAGCUGUUGAUUUUUGUUUGUUUGUUUUUUUAAAGGAGAACUAUUUGUAAGAUGUUGCACUAAAAUGUUUUAUAUACACUUCAAAUACCUGUAGUAAAUUAUGUUGAAAAUA